UAACCUUACUGUGACCAAAACAUAAGACGUGUUUGUGUGUCCUUUAUCAAUUUGAGCUCAUUUGACAGAACUGUUGAAGACAAAGUUGUAGUGCGGACCGACGUCUUAGCGGGUACCACAGAUAAGUGAAAACCAUGUUUGGAGCUUCGGUGAAGUUUGUUCUCAGCGUAGCGGUGUGGUUGUCGUCAUGGACUUUAAACUGCUCUGCUCAAACCGAAGAGGAAAAGCAGCCGGAAUACUGGAACAACCUGGCCUGGCAGGACAUACAGGAUGUUCUCCAACUCCAACCCAGGACGGGCGUGGCCAAGAACCUGGUGCUGUUUCUAGGCGACGGGAUGGGCGUGUCCACUGUGACGGCGGGGAGGAUCCUGAAGGGCCAGCUGGCGGGAAGGACGGGUGAGGAGGAGCUUCUGGAGAUGGACAAACUGCCGUAUUCAGCUCUAGUCAAGACGUACAACGUUGACCGUCAGACGGGGGACUCAGCAGGUACGGCCACGGCCUAUCUCAGUGGUGUGAAGGCGAACUACGGGACUGUGGGAGUGGACGCGACGGUGGCUCGUGGCGACUGUGCCGCGAGUUUCACAGCAAAAACUACGUCAAUCCUCGAACACGCGCACGCUGCAGGUAAGUCCGUUGGCAUCGUUGCUACGGCACGUGUCACUCAUGCCACACCUGCGGGGACAUAUGCCUAUGCUGCAAACAGGGCGUGGGAACAUGACGGUAAGAUGCCGAGCGAAGCAAAAGCCCUUGGGUGCACCGAUAUCGCCCAACAACUUGUGGAAGACAACCCGUUUAUAAAAGUCAUACUUGGCGGUGGGAGGGGCUAUUUCACCAGUACGGACCAGUCGGAUCCAGAAUAUCCGGACCAAACGGGUUUCCGGACGGACGGCCGUGAUCUGAUCCAGGAGUGGCAGGACGGGAAACAAGGUGCCGCCGCGCGGUACGUCUGGAGGAAGGCGGAGUUCGACCAGGUCGAUCCGGCAGAAACCGACUUUCUCAUGGGCCUUUUCGAGCCAGACCACAUGCAGUACUCCCUGGACAAUGAGGACGACCCGGCAGGUGAACCAACCAUCGCCGAGAUGACAACCAAGGCCAUACAGAUACUUUCCAAAAAUCCAAACGGCUUCUUCCUAUUGGUGGAGGGUUCCAAGAUUGACCUUGGCCACCAUUUCGGCUUGGCAGCGCAUGCGCUUAAUGACCUCGUAGCCUUCAAUGACGCCAUCGCCGUGGGGAAGAACAUGCUUGACCUGGAUGAAACCCUGAUCACUGUGACGGCAGACCACUCCCAUAUGUUUGGUUUCGGGGGGUACGCGCCCAGAGGAACACCUAUUUUGGGUAUUGUGCCCAAAAGUGAUGACAAUAUCGUCCUGGAUGGGAUGCCUUUUACCAACAUCCUGUACGGAAACGGUCCGGGAGGGAGUCUGGGAGGAAGACAGAACCUCACGGGGGUCGACACAGCGGACAAAAAUUACCGCCAGCAGGCGGCCGUCCCUAUGAAGUAUGAGAGUCAUGGCGGGGAGGACGUGUCAGUGUUCGCUGACGGGCCGAUGGCGCACCUGUUCCGGGGACUGCACGAGCAGGUGUACGUGGCACACGUCAUGAAGUACGCCGCCUGUAUAGGAGAGUACACGGAGAAGUGCCGAACCUCCCGCAACCAGACCUCAGCUGGAGACCAGCACACCUGGAGCGGGUUCACUGUCUUCAUCACCCUGCUUCUACUCAAAACUAUUAUCAACUGAGAGGAUAAGUGAGGGUUCGUCUGGUAAUACUAUGUUACUACGCCCAAUUCAUGACUUGUUUGGAAAAUACUUCUAACUUGUUUCAGAAAAUAAGUUCAUCACGUUGGUAGAUAAUAGAACAUAAGAGUUUUCUUUUACAAAACCAUUUUUUCUCACCUGCUGACGUUUCGAAGUAGUCUGGAUAAGGAAGUCCACCCCAGUGAUGAACCGGGACGACUCGAGGAGGGUACAAACCCAGCCACGUCUGGGAUAGUGUUCUCCCCCCGAAAGCGCCACCUACAUUGGCUAUAUAUAUAUAUAUAGCAACGAGAAUAGCAGAACUCCAGUUAGAAGCUUUGAGGAAGAUGUCUACUUGAUCAGAAAUCGGAACGUCACCAGAUGAGAAAAAAAAAAUAGGUUGUGUAAAAGAAAAUUCUUAUGUCCUACCCAGUUUCUUGUUCCAAACUACAUAUAAAAGUUGUGUCUCAGAGAUUUUAUCAUAUAUUGUUUUAAAAUAAAGUUCCUUUGAGAUACUUGUAUAUACUAAGUAAACCCAAGCGAUGGCUCUGCAACUUGCCAACCACCUUUAUCAGGGCGUUAUGGUAAUUUUCCGCUAGGUGUCGUUGCUGCAAGUAUGCAGUUUCAUGCGUGACACAACACUUACAGAUAUGUGAUAGUUGUCCAUAGGAUUUUAUAUAGUCCUAUUCUUUGUAGUCGUGCUAGAUAUGUAUUUCUUUAAAACUUUUGUUUCUUAGCAAUAUGUGCAUAGACAUUACGAGGCGUAGUUUUAGGAAACAUAGUUAAGUGCUGUGGUAUAAUCGGUCUUCUUAUUAUGCAAAGUGUCGAAAUGUGGAUUCUGAUACAAACAAAUAAUGAUUUACCGACAGAAAUUUUCUUCUUGUUCUUUUGCCAAACGUUUGUACCCUGAGAUUGACUAGUUAUUAUAUAUACGUUAAUUUAUAAAGAAAGAAAAAACCUAACAUUAUACAAGUGCUAGUGUUCACUUUAUUUCUUGUUUGAAGUGUUGUAACAUAUAUACAGAUGUCCAUGACUUUAUACUUGUUAUGGGCAUUUUGUUUUAUUCUGUAGUCAAACACACCGUAUGUGUUGUAUCCUUAUCCUAUUAUAACAUGUGUCAUGCUAAAAAAACUACCUCUGUCAUUGCAUGAGAAUGAUUUAUUAUAAACACUUUCCAAAUAGCA